UAAAUCUUCAAAAUUUAAAUCAAGAAAUAUUAUUAAAUGAAGAAAACUUAUUUCAAUUAAAUUUAUCAAUAAAACAAUUAAAAGAAAAUUUAAAUGAAAAACAAAAAUAUUUAAAAUUAGCUAAAUUAAAACGUCGUCAUCAAUCAGAUUAUAUAACAAUGUUUAAUGUUAUUAAUCGAUAUUCAUCACGUAAUAUUUUACAAAAAAAAUUAAAUCAAUUAAAUAUUGAAUAUGAACAACAAAAAUCUGAAUUAAUACAUUUAAAUCAACGUUUAUCUAUUUAUCAAAAACAAUCAAAAGUUGUACUUUAUUCAUUACUUGAACUUGUAGGAUUUAUUGAUGUUAAAUUACCAAUUAAUUUUGAAGAUGAAAUUGGUCGAUUAGAUAAUAAUCCUUUAUUAGAAAGUAAUGGAGAUAAAUAA